AAGUCUCGUCCACCAAGAUUUUGGAUCAGGUAAUAGCAAUAUAGUUGCCACUCAUGGGAACCAUGGUUGCUGCUGCCAACCGGGAAGCAAAUGGAUGCUUGCCAAAUGGAAAGAUGGUCAAAGUUGUGUUCGUUUUGGGUGGCCCAGGUAGUGGUAAGGGCACCCAAUGUGCAAAUAUUGUUGAACACUUUGGGUUCUCCCAUCUCAGUGCUGGUGAUCUUCUUCGAGCAGAAAUUAAAUCUGGUUCAGAAAAUGGUGCAAUGAUCCAGAACAUGAUUAAGGAGGGGAAGAUUGUUCCUUCUGAGGUAACAAUUAAGCUUCUCCAACAGGCAAUGCAGGAGAGUGAUAAUGACAAAUUCCUUAUCGAUGGCUUCCCUCGUAAUGAAGAGAACCGUGCCGCAUUUGAGAAAGUUACAGGAAUUAUUCCAGAAUUUGUAUUGUUUUUCGAUUGCUCGGAGGAAGAAAUGGAGAGGCGUAUUUUGAAUAGGAACCAGGGAAGAGAAGAUGAUAACAUUGAUACAAUACGGAAGCGGUUUAAGGUUUUUGUAGAAUCCAGUGUCCCUGUGGUUGAGUAUUAUGAGUCGAAGGGGAAGGUUCGAAAGAUUGAUGCUGGAAAACCUGUUGGAGAGGUCUUUGAAGCUGUCAAAACAGUUUUCUCUUCAAUCGGUGCAAAGCUGCAGACUGCUUAGUGAUACUAUUACACCUGCACUGCUACAUAUUAUGGAUGGAGAGGUUUAAUCAUAGUAUACUGCAUAUGGUGUAUCUUACAUGAGAAGCGUCACCAGCAUAUUUUGUACUGCCCAUAGUUUAUCUGAUGAGGCCUAUGAUGGCAUCAUUUUAUUAUUAUUAUUAUUGUUGUUUUGACUGAAUUCUCUUAAUUUAAAAUACUUAUAGUAAUAAUAUUCUGUCUUUGGAUAUAGUCCAAUGCAA